AGACCCACAGCACCACGCGGCACCACGCGCCCCCCCGCGGCGCCACGGGCGGGCGAUGUCGGGCAUGGCGUCCGCCGCGCUUCGAGGUGGCGGCGAGAGCCUGGUGAGGGAGUCGACUCCACGAGGGCCGCCGAGCGCCAACAGCACUCGAUCGCAGGAUAUGUCCAUGUCGAUGACAGUUGAUGAAAUGGAGACGCGGCUUUUGCCGAGGCCUUCAAAGGGAGGACGAGGCUCUUUGCCCAUGUCUGCUAGAGAAUUGCUCGAGGAGAACAAGCAACUCAUCGAGGAGAAGAAGGAGCAGAAGGCCCUGGCGCGGAAGAACAGCCGCGAGAUGGUGCAAAAGCUCAUUGAAGAAGAUCGGAUGAAGAGCGAAGGUCUCAAGGCGACAGUGCAGAGCAGGCGCUCCAUGCUGAAGGACCUGGCGCAGCAAUACAAAGCCAGCAUUGCCGAAAAGGAACAACAGAGAGCAGCACUGAAGGCUUCCAAGAGAGGCCCUCCAGUGUCGUACUUCCCCUUCGUGGAGGGGGAGACCAUUGCGAAGGGCCGAGCCGCCAAAAGCCAAGUGCUUCGGGAAGAGAUGCAGGGCUUUCUUCAGAAGCAGCGCGAGCAGAAGCCGCCCCGGAACGACCAGCUGAUCCAGGACACACGGGUGGACAACAUCCUGCUCUACCCUGUCCAGCCGAAGGCGACUCCGCAAUCGACGAUGCAGUCCCAGACCAUGGAGGAGCCGCUGUUCCUUGUGGAGGCCCCACUGACCCCGGAGGUGCAGCAUGGGGAUGCGAUCCCCGAGGCGGAGAUGAAGCUGGUGGAUGAGACCUGCCCACAUAUGCAGAGGCACCCGGUGUUCUUGACAAAGGCUCGAGAUCACAAGUCGCGGCGGCUCUACGAUGAUCAUGUGCGAAGAACUCUAGAAGAGAAGGUGGAGCAGACGAAGAUUGAACUCGCGCAGCUGGCAAGGAAGCGCCAGGAAGAGGUGCAGACCUUAGAAGAUUCCAUGCUGGUGGCCGAUGCCUUGCGUCACGAUGGCACCACCGCCAAAGCUGACGCCCGGCGUCGGCAUGCCAUGUUCCUGAAGGAGCAGAUGCAAGAGCAGCAGACGCGACGGGAAGAAGAGAAGGCCAAUAAGAAGAAAGAGACGGCCGGCUAUUGGGGUCCAGAGGACAAGCCGACGCAAGCGUCGCAGAGCCAUAGGAAUCACUGCCAUGACCUCAUCAAGCAGAUGGAGGUGGACCAGAACCGGCGCCUGGUGGACCGAACCAUGCACUUGCGCCAAGAGAAGCAGAUCGUGAACAACUGCUUAGCGCAAAUGGAGCAGGACCGCGAGAUGGAGAAACAGAAGAUCAAGCAACAUAGAGAGGUCCUGGUGACGACCUGGAAGAGCCAACUGCAGCUGCGCGAGGUCAUGAAGAAUAUCGAAGGCAUUUGAGGCGACACUGAUCCUCAUCGUUUCACCCAACCCCCACGAAACUACGUGGGGGCAACGCCGGGCGUGUUUGCGACAACCUAAGGCCACAAACCGAGAGAAAGCUGUUUUGUAAGAAGAAAGCCGACCCCGUG